UCCCUCAUUGGCUGCACGCGUCAUGCCUUUGGAAGGCCCCCACGCCGCCAGGAGUCACUGUUCAUGCUGCCUCGCCAUCCUCUGUUCUCUAUGAUUGCGCUUCUUCUGCGCUAUUAUAUAACAUCAGUUCCUCCCACCCCCAGGACCCCAAGCACACCACCCGCCCCCCCACUCUACAAGAUGGCAUCCGUGUUGUCGUGUUGUUUGGGUUGCUGCGGGGACGGGGGAACAGGGCAUGCACCUCUCAAGGAGAUGCCAGCUGUGCAGCUGGACACGCAGCGUAUGGGAACGGAUGUGGUCAUCGUGAAGAGCGGCAGACGGAUAUGCGGGACCGGAGGUUGCCUAGCGAACGCCCCUCUCCAUCAGAACAAGAGCUACUUCGAGUUUAAGGUCCAGUCUACGGGUGUGUGGGGCGUGGGCGUGGCGACCCAGAAGGUGAAUCUGAGCCAGGUGCCACUGGGUAGAGACGACCACAGCCUGGUACUGCGGCACGACGGGGGCGUCUUCCACAACGACAAGGAGAAGAAUCGCCUCCCCGCCAACAGCCUGCCCCAGGAGGGAGACAUUGUGGGUGUGACGUAUGACCAUGUGGAGUUGAACUUGUAUCUGAAUGGGAAGGACAUGCAGUGUCCCGCCACUGGCAUCAGGGGGACCGUCUACCCCGUGGUGUAUGUGGACGACAGUGCCAUCCUGGAUUGCCAGUUCAGUGAUUUCUACCACACGGCUCCUCAGGGGUUUGAGAAGAUCCUCUUCGAACAGCAAAUCUUCUAAAUCAUUCCCAAGCCAAUGGCAUCCGUGUACACACACACACACACACACACACACACACACACACACACACACACACACACACACACACACACACACACACACACACACACACACACACACACACACACACACACACACACACACACAGUGUGGUUCACUGCUUUUGUGCGUCACAUCUUGCCUACGAGCCAUAUAACUGAAUGUUUGAGAGAGGGGGGUGAUAAUGCAUUGAUGUUCUCCCUCCGGAUAGAGAACAGUACAAUACCAUCCUCUCAGUAAGAUGGAGAACAGCAAAAUACAAUCCUUUCACUAACAACAUCAUGGGGAGGUGUAACGUGGUGGAAGCCCCCCAGUCUUACUGUGUUAGCACUGCUAUAAAUAAAGCUCUAACUAACUAACUAACUAACUAACACUAAUGUAUUAGAGCCUGCCAAUAACACCUGCAGAUAACAGUUAAGUAUUAGAGAUGCAAUGCAUAUCAGACCUGUAGAUAACCACAAUGUAUUACAAAGUAGAAUCCCCCAAUAACACCUGCAAUGUCCUGUAUUUCUGACCCCCAAUACCCCGGUAUCACCGGCAUUAGAGACCCCCAUUAGAAGCCCCCAACAACGUCUUUAGAUAACAGUAAUGUGUAUCAGACCUAGCCAGGCCACGCCCUCCUAGUGAUGCAACGCCUUCGGCGUCGCUUCUUGUCAGGGUACUUUGUCGGGUACCAAUCAACUUUUUAGCAGCUCCAACGGCACCAGGUAGAGGCGUGUUCAAGGCAGUGACGUGCUUUAAGCAGAGAUGUUCUAUUCAAUCUAUUGGGACUAAGAAAAUAUUUGGUUUAAACUUUGACACAGCCUUUUCUGGCCUCAACCAGUAGCAAGCCGAGGGAGGCGGGUUUAUCGGGCUGUUUGGGAAAUGUCAUUCGUUAUCUUCUUGGUCAGACCAGCAUCGCUGUACGAGAUUUGAAAGUCGAGGAUAAUCAGGCCAUAUUGGACUCCCAAUAACACCUGCAGAACAGGUAUAGGCAAGUAAUGCAUAUCAACAUCCUCCCUCACAGUCGGACAACUCAACAUUAAUGUGUCAUAGCUCUCCAAUAACACUUCACUGAGAUCUGUACAACAACAUUAUACAGAAAUAUGCUGUUAUUACCUAAGUCCCGAAAAUUUCAACAUGCAGUUGUGUUGCUCACAGCAGCCUUGACUUUUCAGUAGCCAAAGUGCAUUAGUGAUAGUUGUGUAACAGCGGGCAAUAGGAAUAUAUUUUAACAUCUCACAGAGAGACAACGGUGAUAUAUUUCAACACCUGAGGUGUAUUGCAGCUAGAUAACCAUGAGAUAAUUGAGCCCCCC